CCAGGUGUCCCUGUUGGUGAUUCUUAAUAUGUGAAAAGUUUGUAUUUUAUGGGUUCUUCAGGUUUUUUGUGUGGGUAAAAAUUGAUCAGGUAACAAAGUUACAUGUUUGCUCAAAAUGAAAUAAAAAGAAAUGUGUAUUUCAUCACUUUUCAGUAAUAUCUGCCAGGCAGGCUCUUCGUGCAGACUUCUCCGGGCCCUGGUGCAGGGUUAACUGUGCUGGAGGUACAGGCUCGGCUGUGGCAGACCUGCUGUCGCUGGAAUGUGACAUGAGUCAUGAGCUUGAAGUAGCCACCCUGCUACAGAAAACCACACACUGCACUCGGUCAGUGAAAAUAAAUUUUACAGUGGUGAAGUUGAGAAAUGCUGCUUUAUCUCUUUAUAAGUUGUGGAAUCAUUUGUAUAUUACAGAUUUAUUAUUACUUUUAUUUUAUUUCAAUUCUAGUUAGUUGGCAUGCAGUUCACUAUUGGUCUCAGGAGUAGAGGUCAGUGGUUCAUCAUUUACAUACAACUCUUUCAGUGCUUACCACAAGUGCCUUCCUUAACGCCCAUCCCCCACGUAGCCCAUCCCCCACCCACCUAUAUAUUACAGAUGGAGACAACGUACUCGUAUCUAGUCGUAUCUUCUAGAUUCCGUUUGCUUACCUUUGCUUACUGUUCUUGACAGUGUUCGUAGGUGGGUUGAGGACACUCUGCACUCCCCUUCUUGAGCGUCGGAAGUCUUGGGCAGGGCGCGUGUGAACACACUUUGAUGAUAGAAAUUGAAGCAUUCUUGUUGGAGAAAUGUCUGCAUUCAUUCAGAAAUGUGUUUGCAGAGCCCUGUGGUGACUUUGGGGUCCAGUCUGGAGCUAGAGCCUUCUUUCACCAUGAGGGUUAGUUGGUCACAGAGGGGUAACCAAGAGUAACCUUGGAAAACAGCAACUCUCAGGCUGACCCUUACAGGCCUGGUGGCCCCUGGAGUCCCAGUUUCCUCAUCUCUAAACUGCAGGUAGGUAAAGGAAAAUUAAUGAAUUAGUGUAAGUGUGCAGUAAGUGUUUCUUCCCUCAGGUUCCAUUUUUCAUCUGUUUAGUGAGGAAGAAUCGACCUGUUUAUGUGGUUGGGUGGUUGUAAGUAUAAAAAUAGAAAAACGCUUUCGAUGAACAGGAGAGGGUACUCCACGUGCACACCCCUGUGUACACCCACCCCAGAGACCCCGACUUCACAGUGCAGCCAGGAAGGUGUGACCGGCAGGCACUGUCCCCCGUUCCUUCUCAACCCUCCAUGCCACAUUCGAGAACCAUGAUUCUUGGCAAUAUCAAGGCCAGGAGUGGAGUUGCUGGGGGAGAUGCUUAGUGGUUGGGUUUAUCAGUGUGGCGGGCUGGUUGAGUGUGUUUUAUGUUCCUUACUUUGCACUGAGGUUCAUUUCCAGUAACAUCAGUAAUUAUUUAGCGGCAUAGAAUCUAUAAUUAUAUUCAUGCAGAGAAGUCGCCCAUUUGAAUGGCGGUGGUUUCUGGAGAAAAGUAAUCGGAACGAACACAAGUGGGUACCUGCAAUGCUGACGUCUCUUUAAUGCCGAUGGACACUCAUUUGUGAACCGUAUGCAAGUCUGGAGAUCUUGGUUUGGGCUGGAGAGAGACGCAGAGAGGAGGGUUGUGCAGGGGUGAUGGUGAGAGAGGAUCUGCACUGAGGCUGCCUGGAGUCCUGCUUGUUUGGGGAGGCGGGGAGGAAGCACUCUGCAAGGUGCCCCUGGGGCUCUCCAGGCGAGUCGCUCUCCAGAAGAGCUCAGGGGAGGCCUGGGCAGGAGCCCACCCUACCCGCCCCUGCUGUGUGGCUUCUUGACUUAAUUACCCGACUUCAGAACAGGCACUGGGUAUCCAGUCUGUUCUCCACCCUCACGUUCAACAAGGCCACCCCUGACAUUUUUGAAGGUGAAGUAGCAGCGGCCUCUUUCUGGUGGCCUACUUAACUCUGAAGCUGCUGGAAUAAACUCCAUCACGGCCACACCUGGAGCCUUGGCUCCCCCGCUCUCUGCAAAUUCUGCUUUGUCUAGUGAAAAUCCCAGGCAAUGGCACUCUCCAUUAGUGUUUGGGGAAAGGAAAGGAGGGGAUGGAGUUCAACAUCGUUUUGACUGUCCUUAACGCAUCUGGCAAAGUUUCGCUUGUUCAGGAAGAGGACCGGAUGUGUGAACUAGCCCUCGCUCUCCCUUCUCCAGCCUCGUUGCCAUUUGGAGAUGCUGUUAGUCCCCUUCAGCCCGGACUGCGUCCUGGAAAGGAGCUACUGCGAUUGACCACAGAGCAGAGGACUAUGCCGUACUUCAUGUUGCCUAGACAGCUUUAUGGUUGUCAUCUGACACCGUCCUUGAAACAGGCCGAGGAAGAGCCUGUUCUACAAACGAGGCCGCUAAGGAGCUUGAGUCCCACAGGGUCAGACCCCGGUGAGGGGUGGAUUUCAGCCCAGCUCUGCUGCACCGGGCUCAGCGUUCCCUGCAAAACUGCCCACCCGAGGCUGGGGAAUGCAAGGUUCCAGGGCCUCACGGCUGGAACCAUCCGGAAGACCGGAAAGCCCAUGACCAAAGAUGGCUCAGCCUGCCAGGGACAGGACUGGCCCGAAAGAACCAAGUUCCCCGCCUCAGCAGCUCCACAUCUAGCAAGUCCCAGCAGGUGGCCCUGGGCACAGAGCAGACUGACAUCGGGCGGAGCCGCUGAGCUGGGGUCUGUUCCAUGUCAGGCUUCUGGGGGCAGUGUGCACUCGGCCCCACACCCGGCUCUCCUCGUCCGAGUUCGAGUUUCUGUCUGGAACCUGUUUCGUGCUGUGGGCAGGAGGCUAGGAGAGCAGGGCCUAAGUCCCUGAGGGAAGUCACGCUGGCAAGGAAAUUGCAGGCCGUGUGGGCCACUGCACAGAAAGCUGCCGGGCAGAGGAUCUCAGUGGGCGCUUAGUGGAGGGGAACAUACCAGAAAUCCGAGAACUGGCGGCGGAACUGUGCUCUAGACGCAAAAUGGUAUUUGGAAGUGUCUUCUGGGAAUGUCAGCUCCUCUGGCUGAGCCCGGUGAGGCCCGGCCAGGAGCUGCUGAAGCGCCAGGGCGGCCGUCCCAGGGCAUGGAGUCAGAAUCCAGACGGCAUGACCUGCUAGGCCUGGCCCACAGGCCCGACAGCAGGCCCAGCCAAGACACGCCUGGUCCCCGCCGCCUUCUGGACUUGUCCCCAAAGAGGCGAGGGUUCUCUCUCCAGUCCCAGAAUGCCUCCAACUUCGAGAGAUACGGGGCCUGGGCAGAGGCCUCAGAAUGAACGGACACCCUGGCCUGCCCUGUCCGGGAGCUGCAGGCCUGUGGCGAGGCCCAUGGGCACCCCGAGGCCUCGUGGCUGGACUCAGACCCACAUGGAUCUGCGUUACUCUGAACCCUGGGGUCUCCACUGGGUCAAAUGUGGGCCUUUGAUGUUUAUAACAAAACAACCUGUGUUUUGGGUUGCCAUGUGGCUGCCAGACCAUGAGCCUUGCUGGCGAUGACUCAGAAAUUCCGCCUCAUGUUCUCAAAAGGCCAGAGUGCUGGAUUGAAACCACAUAUUAAUAACUUGGCCGUCUGCUCAAUCUCGUAAUAUUAAAUGUGAGAUUGUUCGUGUAUUCGUGUCUACACAUUGUGAAACCAAUAUUAAACA